AUGAAUUUGCGUAACAUUCAGAAUGUGAUUCGUUUAACGAAAGGCAAUUUGGAGGCACUGAACGCGCGGUUCGCUCACCACCAGCACCCGCCUCCCAUCUAUGUCGCCGAAUACGAAGAGUUGACCACCAAAUUGAAUCACUUCCAGUGCAUCGAAGAGAAAUUACACGAUCUAAUGGCCAGAGAUAGGUCGGUAGAGUUGGGCGCUUACUUAGAUCUGGUGAACACGACGUCAUCGGGUUCUCUGUGUUCCUCUCAUUCGUCCGGUUCGUGGAGUUCCAGCGAACCGAAGACACCGCGAACUCCGCUCAAGACGUUGAGAGCUCACCUCCCGAACCAACAGAAGAGCACAGUUCACAUCAGCGCCGGACAGACGGUUCGGGAGGCGCUCUUCAAAACGAUGAGACGCCGCAAAUUCGCCGCCGAAACCUGCGAUGCCUUUCUCUACCACAAUAGACAACCCAUCGAUUGGGACACAGAUGUAGAAUCGCUCGAAGGUUAUGAGGUUUUAGUCGAAACCCGAGAACUGAUACCAAUAAUUUCGCACAAUUAUGCCCGCAAAACAUUCUUCACAUUAGCCUUCUGUGAGUGUUGUCACAAACUUCUGUUUCACGGCUUGCGGUGUCAGACGUGUGGCGUUCGGUUCCAUCAGCGAUGCAUCGAAGCCGUGCCCUCAAUGUGCCAACCAUUGCAUCCAUUGCCCAUUCAAUCCGACGAUUACAGACACCUAUUGGCGAACGACAGUCAGUGUUCGCAUCUGUCGUCGUCGCCAUCAAAGCAUCUUCAGGUGCCCUCCAAUACACCAUUCGGACAAAGAGAGAGAUCAACAUCUGCUCCCAAUGUCGCCUACAAUAUGGUCGCCAAUAAAGAUCUUAUCAAUAUUGACGAAAUCUCUACUGCUAAGAUCCGUACACAGCGUAUAAAUCAAUAA